CUGGGAGUCGUGGGACCUUUUCUCAUGCGAAACGCACGCCUUGCUCUCUGGUCAAAGAGAAAUUUUCAGGAGUAGAGUUACUAGAGUAUCUAGAGAGGAGAAGAAGAAAGAGAGAUAAGAAUGGCGUCUGCAGCAGCAGCAUCAGGAUUAGCAGUACCAUUCUGGAGAUCAGCAGGGAUGACCUACAUAACAUAUUCAAACAUCUGUGCUCGCCUUGUUCGUAAUUGUCUUAAAGAACCUCACAGAUCUGAAGCCUUAGCCCGUGAGAAAGUUCAUUUCACCGUUUCCAAAUGGGGUGAAGGAAAACCAAAUAAACCAACAUUGCGUUCGGAUGGAGCUGAAGCUUGAAGGAAGAUAUGGCAAUUUGCAUCAAGUUUUCUUCCAGCACAACUCUCUUAUCAGACCUGGUACUUGAAAUUUUUGCUUGGAGUGUAAUGAUACCUUGGUGCAUCUCACACUGUGUGAUUGCAUUCUGAAAUUUCAGUUGUUAAAAUAACAGGGUUUUACUGCAUGCUGUGAUUCCAUAUGCUUCAGGUACAAUUAGAAAUAAAUGAUUCUUUCUCUGAGGUGCUCAAAUUUUUACUAAA